UUGCGCAUCAAACAACCAUUGCUGCUUGGACUCGUUUGGAGAGUUGCUGAGCGUGCCGCUAAAGAUUUGGCAGACGUUGGGCUAUAGAGGUUAUAUUGUAACCUUCGUUACGUUAAGCUGCUAACGCGGCUUGACGAACAUACCAGAAAAUAUACAGAUAAAAAGCGCGAGGUCGUAAAGUCGCGAUACAGAGGACGGCGAUAUUUAUUAGUAAUAUCGAGAACGGCGUAACGAUUCGCGAGAGUGACUCGAGUUUCGACUGACGACUCCGUUCGCACGUUCUGUGUCGGGAAUAUGCAAAAAGUCGGCAAGUUGAACUCGUCGAUUGAUAUCAUUCCGUUGCAAGGAUCAAGUGAGGAUUACAGAUCGAGACGUAUGGAUAACAAACUCAGAAUGGAACACAGAUCAUUUCGGGACCAAACGUUGAUCGCACGUGUACAAACGUAUAUGCAUGAGAAUGAAAAUAAAGUGUACAUCGAUGUCAACGAGAUGGCAGACGCGCUACAAAGGCGAUACAGAGACUAUCGUACCAAAAAACGUGGUGCAUUUCGCGCUAUGGUACGUAAGGCUUAUGACGAACUUACCGAGAUAUUUUCGAAGAAGCCUCCUGUGCGGGACUGUCCUGCCUAUGAUGAUGAUGAUUUUGAGGAUGAUGAUGUUGAGUCAGAUUCGCAGCGUGCUUCAUUAGGCGAUAUGUUGUUACAUAUGUAUAAAAAGUCACAAUAUAAGCAGAAUGGAAACUCAAGCGAUAAGGAAUUAAUUGAUAUCAGUAGCGAUGAUGAGGUGUCCAAAAUUGAGUCAAAGACUGAGGAGAAAUCUAUGAAGACACCUGAGACUACUGUUGAUGUGGCCAAGAAAUGCUCACCUAUACCUCAAAUGGUUGCCUCAAAGGUGGAAACACUGACCUCAAAACCAGAAACAUCUACUCCAAAGGUAGAAGUGUCAGUUUCAGUUUCAAAAGUGGAAACACCAGUGACUUCAAAGACGUCGACGAAUGAGCCUACAAAGCAGCAGCCAGUGGUGGAAUCUGCACGAAAACGACAACGAGACAAGGAUAACGAUAAUGUGCAGUUUUCAGUUACAAAAAAAGCGCGAACUGUGCCGGUUACAGAACCAAAGGCUACAUUCUCCGACAUAGGAGGUAGCGAUAAAGUUUUGAAGACUGUCUGCAAGUUACUGGCCCACAUGAAGCAUCCCGAAAUCUUCAGACAACUCGGUAUAUCUCCACCACGAGGAUUUUUGCUUCACGGACCACCUGGAUGUGGAAAGACAUUACUGGCACAUGCAGUUGCAGGGGAAUUGAAUGUACCUCUAUUGAAAGUAGCAGGACCCGAGCUUAUAGCUGGAAUAUCAGGUGAAAGUGAAGCCCGCAUCAGAGAAUUAUUUGAGCAAGCCUUGGCUCUUGCACCAUGCGUGAUUUUCUUGGACGAGAUAGAUGUCGUUGCAACGAAUAGAGCUAUGGCUCAGAAAGAAAUGGAGAAAAGAAUUGUUGCGCAACUACUGUCAUGCUUAGAUGAACUGAGUCUCAAAGAGGAUGGGGAUAGAGUAUUGGUGAUUGGUGCAACAAAUCGACCUGAUUCACUGGAUCCUGCUUUAAGAAGAGCAGGACGCUUUGAUCGCGAAGUAUGCCUCGGAAUACCAAACAGAGACGCAAGAACCAAGAUCCUAGCAGUGCAUACCGAAAAAGUUGUAUUGGCGUCCAAUGUUAGUUUAUCGACAAUAGCUUCUCUUACUCCAGGUUUUGUAGGAGCAGAUUUGGUUGCCUUAAUUAGAGAAGCUGCAAUGGCUGCAAUAGAUAGAAUAUUUGAGGAUCUGAAUAAAUCAAGACAAGAGCCAAGAAAAUCUUGGUUCAAUCAAGAAAAAGAACAAGAAAAAUUACCGGAGGUGAUCACCGAAGAGGAGAAUAAGCAGCCUGACAAAGAAGCACAGAGCUUUGAAAACUCGGCGAAUCCAGAUGAUGCUAAUGUCGCGUUGGAAACCACUAACACACUACCGAAUGAAGCUCCUGUAUUCUUGAGAAAUACAGUUCAAAGCCCAGAGACUGCAGAGAUGGAUGUCAUACAGGAACACUCAUCCGACUUGUCGAGUAUGUUAACUUGGUUGCGCAACGAACCACCACUUGCUCCGGAACGCCUGUCAACCUUGUGCAUCGAGCACAAUGAUUUUGAAGCUGCUCUACGUGUCGUCCAACCAUCCGCAAAACGGGAGGGAUUCGCAACGGUUCCCGAUGUUACGUGGGACGAUGUUGGCUCAUUGCAAGAUAUACGGCAGGAAUUGCACAUGACGAUUCUUGCUCCCGUUAAGCACUCUGAACAUUUUAACGCACUAGGUUUAACCGCUGCUAGUGGAGUAUUACUAUGCGGCCCGCCCGGUUGCGGAAAAACAUUGCUGGCCAAAGCCAUUGCUAAUGAAGCCGGAAUCAACUUUAUCUCCGUUAAAGGGCCAGAACUUUUGAACAUGUACGUUGGCGAAAGUGAGAAAGCAGUUCGUCAGUGUUUUUUAAGGGCAAGAAACUCCGUGCCGUGCGUCAUAUUUUUCGACGAGUUGGAUGCACUAUGCCCUAAGAGAACGGAGGGCGACAAUUCCGCGACGUCGCGCGUUGUUAACCAGAUGCUUACGGAAAUGGACGGUAUCGAGAGUCGACAAGGGGUAUUCCUCAUGGCUGCCAGUAAUCGCCCUGAUAUUAUAGACGCAGCUGUUCUGAGACCAGGAAGAUUGGACAAGAUUCUAUACGUCGGUCUUCCAACGGCUUCAGAUCGCGUUGAUAUUUUACGUGCAUUAACAAAGAAUGGAACGAGACCGAAACUUGCAUCAGAUGUUAAUUUGGAUCAAGUGGGAUACAACGAGAAGUGCGAAGGUUACACUGGCGCGGAUUUAGCGGCUUUAGUGAAGGAAGCUGGUAUGGAAGCGCUGAAGGAAAUGAUAGCUGGUUUCGGGCAAGCGGAAAUUUCUAUGCGACACAUUUUCCAGGCAUUUGACAAGGUGCAGCCGUCUGUCCGUGAGAAGGAUAUCAAACAUUACGAAAAACUGAGCAAACUGUAUUCGGUUAAGAAGACUUCUGAGGUUACACCGAUGGACACUCCAAUAGAUGCACCGAUUGUUGAUGUAGUAAUGGAGCCAAUGGAAACUUAAAGUACAAUUAUCACAUGUCUACAGGAAAUCGCAGGAGACAUCUUCCAUUACCAAAUUUCGCAUAAUUGUUUAUACAGCAAUGAAAGUUUAAGCGAUAUUUUAGCGAUAUUUUACAUUUUACGUGUUGAUGUUUUAUAAAACGGACGUAGCUAUAAUCGUUGGCUACAACAGUAACUGACGAAUUUAUCGUUUUAAGAUGCAAAUUUUGAGAUGCUUUGUUAUUUCCUAGGUAUACAUCAGUACAGAAAUGAUAUGAAUAUAUUAUAUAUUAGAAUAACAGUGACCUUUAGUGAAGUUUCCAUCAAUCAUACAAUAAAAUUGUUCAACGAGUUUC